CUUUUACCGGUUGCCCCGGUGCAAAAGCAAAAGCAAAAAGUAUACACUCCGCUCCCAACCCAAGCCCCAAAACGAGGCUAGGCUGCACUUUUGGCUCAACCAUCCACGCACAAUUAUUUGUGGGACUUCCGGCUCAGUUCCCUCACCGCCAACUCCAACCCUCCAGUGACAUGCCAUUCACCCACCUCGCCGUCGCCGUCGUCGCCCACCACCCUCCCACGCGGCCGAGAUCAGGACACCGCAAUGGCCGCGCGGGACCGGGGGGACACCGCCAUUAAGCUCUUCGGCCGCACCAUCCCGCUCCUCGACGCCGCCGCCGAGGUUGUCACCAAGCUUGGAAAUGAUGCAAACAGCAAUGAUGCGCCUUGUGUCUCAGACCAGCUUUUGAACGUUGAAGCAACUCCUUUCUGUUCCAAGCAUGGAGAGCAGAAUGAUCAAGCUAUCAACAAACAUGGGGUGGAAAUGAGAACUGGUUUCAAAAUUGAGGAGAUUAAAACUGGGUCCGAUGGAUCUGGCCAAGACAAGGUACUCAAGAAGCCUGAUAUAAUCGUGCCAUGCCCUCGCUGCAAUAGCAUGGAAACAAAGUUCUGCUAUUUCAACAAUUACAAUGUUAGCCAGCCUAGGCAUUUCUGCAGGAAUUGCCAGAGGUAUUGGACCGCUGGUGGAAAUAUUAGGAAUGUCCCUGUAGGUUCUGGAAGACGCAGAAAUAAGCAUGCCUCUCACUUCCGCCAUGCUAUAAUGUCGUGUGAUGCUAACAUAGCUGCUCCCGGAGAUGUUUCCAAUGAGAUUCACCAUCUAGCUCUUCCACUUUUACCUCAGGUUCUUCCAGGGCCAAUUAAAGAAAAUGAAACAGUAAAGGAGUUUGGUACUGGAGUGCCAGUUUGUAAGUCUAUGACUUCAGUCCAUAAUAUUGAAAAACAGAAGGAUGCUCACCUUGUUUCCUUGGCCUCUGAUGAUAAUAACGAAGACCAAUCAUGUCCAUCUUCUGUGACAGUAUCGGGUUGCUCAGAAAAUCAGACGCCGGAUAGCGCAGUUAAAAAAGAGCCAAGCAAUGUGUCAGGAUACUAUAAUGGAAUAGCAAUGCCUCACCCUCAUGGACCUGCUUUGGUGUUUCCCUGGAGUCCUGGAUGGAACAGUAUUGCUGUCAUGGCAGCUGCUCAGUGCUCAACAGAGCCCAUUCAUGGGUUGCAAAAUGUGAAGCAUGGUCCGUCGUGGGUGUCUCCAUUGAUGAUGGCAGCUCCAGGAAUUUGCACGCCUGUUGUUCCCUUUCCUAUGAUGCCACAACUUUGGAGCUGUAUUCCUGGUUGGCCUAAUGGAAUGUGGAGUUCACCAUGUCCUGAAAGUAAUGGCCCUCCAAACAAAAUCACAUGCUCACAGGACAAUUCUCCUAUACUUGGAAAGCAUUCAAGAGAAGCAGACCUACAAGAAGAAAAGAGGGAAAACAACAUACGGGUCCCUAAAACUCUAAGAAUUGAUGACCCAGCUGAGGCCACAAAGAGUUCGGUCCGGGAUACUCCAGGCAUCAAACCUGAUGAGAAAGGCAUGUUUGAGCCUCUCCAGACGAAGGUUCUAAAAAAUGACAAGACACCAGAAUCUCCUCGGGCUCUGCAGGCCAAUCUAGCGGCAUUUUCGCGAUCACAGUCAUUUCAGGAGAGGCCUUGAGAAGCUUGAUGUUUUGUUUCUAACCAGUGUCAUCAGCUGCCAACGAGUGUUGUCCAAAGGAAGGGGGAUAUGCCACAGUAUGGUCAGUAUUUUGUGCAGGGCAUCGUCUUGAGUUUGUAUGUUCCUAGACUGCAAGCACUCCUACAGCCAGCUCAAAUCAAUUAAAGACCUACCAAGUGCUCAACUUUUUGUUCAGCCAUUGUUUAGGUUGGUCAGAUGUUUGUGCUUCUUCAGGGAGUAUAUUUAUGUAAAACACGCGGUGAGUUUUCUAAGCACUGGUCAAGCGGUGAGUUUUCUAAGUACUGGUCAAGUUUGGAAAGUGACUCGCUGCAUCGAAGUGGCUCGCUGGAGUUCAGAGCGUGCUCCAUCUAGCCCUUGCUUGAUGGAGCCAAAAUGUUACUUAUGAUGUUCUCUUCCGUUUUAGGAGGAUUGAUGCUCUGAUGUUUGUAUGUAGCUAACAUGUUCUCAAGUUUAUGAACUGAUUGUUAUGCUAACCUUCUCCAAAUGCUUAAUUCAGGAACUGAAAUGGAACCGGCUCUGUUUGAUAUAGACAAAUCUGAAUAUAUUAUGUGAUGUGAA